GGACUACUUUCAAUCUCGUACUACUACUCAUGGCGGGGUACUUUUUAACCCCGUGGCAUUUGUAUUUUUGCGCCAGUAAGCGAUGUAAACAUACAUUAUCGCUUUGAUUCAGUACUUCCUAUGUGCUGGGUGGAGGUCGACAUCACGUGAUUUGAGCUGAUGCAACGCGAGAUAUCCGGCCGUGACGCCACUUUUAGCGCGUAGUUUGUUGUUGGCGGAAAAGAUCCAGAAAGUCUGAACAAGUUGUUUACUUCAGCCGCAGCCUGGGCGACAUUUCAGUUAGUUUAAUGUUUCGCCGGUAAUGAAAUAGCUCGUAUCUCUUUGGCGACUUUUUAAAUCACUCAUUCGAGGAGCUGUCGCAUUUUACAACCAACUAAAGCGAUGGAGUUGUCUCCUGUUCGCAAUGAGGGCAUCAGCACAGACGGAUGUAUCAUCAAAGCCGACAGAAGUCACAUGAAAGGCAAACUGUCAAGGGAUGUUGAGAUGGCUAUCGAGUUUCUCUACAAAGCUGUUCCUCAGCUGGCAAAGGUUUUCCGCAUCGUAGACAAAAUUGGAGAAGGUACGUUCAGCUCGGUGUACUUGGGUGAGGCACAGAUGCGAGACGGGAGGAAAGAGAUGUUUGCCUUGAAGCACCUCAUCCCCACCAGCCAUCCGACACGCAUUGCUGCAGAGCUUCAGUGUCUCACUGUUGCGGGAGGCAGAGACAAUGUGAUGGGGGUGACAUACUGCUUUAGGAAGGAGGACCAUGUGGUGAUUGUAAUGCCCUACAUGGAGCAUCAAGCUAUUGUGGACAUCAUUGGGUUGCUAAGCUUUGAAGAGGCCCGUCUGUACAUCUACCACCUGUUAAAGGCCCUCAAACAUAUUCACCAGUUUGGCAUCAUUCAUCGGGACAUAAAGCCAAAUAACUUCCUCUACAACAGGAACAGCAAAAUGUUUGCUCUUGUGGACUUCGGCCUGGCUCAGGGUACAGCUGACACCCAGAUCGAGCUGCUGAAGGUGGUGAAGCAGAGGUCAUCACAGAGAGGUGGAGGCUCCACAGGGAAACAACAGGCCGCACACCGGAGCAAAGCACCUUCUAAACUCCCUCACAAAAUCACCACCACAGCCUCAACCCCACUCUCUCCACCUCCUGGGCGAUCAGUACCCCUGCCGCCUUCCUCUUCCUCCACCACCACUUUCUUCUCAGCCUCUCGAAAAGCACUGGUUAAAAAAACACGAUCUGUCACCACCACCAACAUCACUACCACCACCACCUCCUCCUCUCGCACAAAGCACACAAAGGAUCUGGCAGCACUACGCAAAGUGUUUGCAGAGAGGAACCUGAACAGCUGCACACCAGCUGACUCCACCACCAAACAAGCUGCUGUUAAAACAGAACUGGUAGUGCCCAGCAAACCAGAGGAUCCAGCCGCCAGGUGUCCGCCGCCGGUCAAGACUCAGAGCAGCAGUCAGAAACCUCAGUGGACAGUACAACAGGACCUCACCUGUAACUGUUACAUGACUGACCGUGUCUGCAACGUCUGCAUGUCCAGGAAGCAGCAGGUGGCACCCAGAGGUGGAACACCAGGCUUUAGAGCACCAGAAGUCCUCACCAAGUGUCCCGACCAAGGAACAGCCAUAGAUGUGUGGUCAGCUGGUGUGAUCCUGCUCUCACUUCUCAGUGGUCGUUAUCCGUUCUUUAAAGCCAGCGAUGAUCUGAUUGCUCUCACUCAGAUCAUGAUCAUACGAGGCUCUAGAGAGACAAUCCAGGCAGCUAAGUCGUUUGGUAAAGCGGUGGUGUGCAGCCGGGAGCUUCCUCGACAGGACCUCAGGACGCUGUGUGAGACGCUCCGUGGACGGAGGCCGUCACCAGAUGAUGAAGUCACACCAGUUCCUGAAGCCACCACCCGUCAUCUCAAAAUCCAAGAUGACACGCCCACACACCGUCCCAUUGAGGGAACAUUUAAGCAGCACAAUGAUGGAGCAGGAGAAACUCUUUCUUCUCAUCUUGCAAGCCGCCAGAAACAGUCGGGCAAAAAAGAAACCGCAAAUUGUCUCGCAGAACAGAGCUCGGUAACAGAUUGGAAGGUGGAGGAAGAUGAGCGGGGUUGGGACAGCGUUCCUGAUGAGGCCUACGACCUGCUGGACAAGCUGCUGGACCUGAACCCUCACAGCAGAAUCACAGCUGCUGAGGCUCUGCAGCAUCCACUGUUCAAGGACCUUUGAACCACCGUGGAGCGUCGCAGGAGAACCGAGCUGUGUGGCUUCUCUGGAUGCAGGUCAGAUUUAGAAAGGUGGCAUGUGUGAUUGUUUUAGCAGACUGGAGGAGUUCAUUGCUAACUGCAAAGCUUCCUCCCCCUUUAACCGUCUUCAAAACGUCAUAGUUACAAGGAACAAACAUUCAUGCAGCACAGGUUUGACUUCACUGUUCACAAGUUGAAUUCCACAGUUAUUUUAACGGCAGCUAUGGCUACUGAGCCUGUCAAAGAGCUCAAGUAUUGACCUAAAGUUUUACAUCGUCUGUUCUGUAAACCGUUAAAGUGUUUUAAACUCAGGCAACAGAUAUUUUAUAUUCGUAUUUGUCUAAAUCUCGCUCGUAAAGAGGAAACGGUCCUCGUGUUUAUUAUUCUCACUGCUGCUGUGACACCACAUUACAGCUCUAUUAAGGGACUAUUCUGUACCAAUGAAAGGGUUUUUAAUUUGAACAUAAACACUUAAACUCUAUCUCUUGUCUAUGUGAAUGUGGCUGUACGCGCCUCUGUUCCAGCUGUAUUUAUUUGAAACACUGAAAACUGGACAAUUUGCCUCCAUUUUAGAUUUUCUAAUAAAGAAAAAAAAUAUAACAAG